CAGCCAUUCCAUCAUGGCUCGGCACUUGGCUGUGGUCUUAAAGAGUGUGCUUCCUGCACCUAUCCGAGUAGAGUUUCUGGCAUUCUCACUUUUGCAUACGCCUAGAAGUUAAAGAUCUUGAUUUACUCGAUCUAAGAAACAGCCAAGCACUCCGGAGACCGGGAAAUUGCAAUCCCAAGGGCACAAAAGACGUCGUCCUCCCGCUCCGCCACAACUCUCGAUUAGAUAAAGGAUCAAAAAGCACUUCUUCAAGCAACACUCGACUGUCAAGCAUACAUCAUGUCUAUGCACGAAAGACACCUCGCAACGCAAGAGGUCCUCGACGCCAAAACGUUUGAACAAGCCCUGAACGACUUCCGACCUCACGCUGCCGAGCGCAACGACAGCUUCCAGACAAAGGAGAACACCCGAAGGAACUCCAUGCAACACGGCGCCAACCUACCUCCCUCCCAUAUUCAUUCUCCACUACUGCUCGUAGACGUUCCUCUCGAGCCUUGUCAACGCUGUUCAGGAGAAGGGAACGUGAACAAGCCCUGUGGUUUCUGCAAAGCAACAGGCAAAGCAUCAAAGACUAUAUCUUGCGUCGACUGUCAUGCAGAGAAGAACGGUUGCGGAAACAUGAACUGCGACACAUGUCUCGGCGUUGGCCGUAUAGUGCAAGAGCGCAGUUGUAUGAGCUGCGAAGGCAGUGGAAGUGCCCUCAAGCUGACCUGCGGCGACUGCGGAGGUAGUGGAAGCUCCUCUCCAACCAGCAGUAGGAGUAGCUCUGAAGUCAGCUGUCACGCAAUCCCGGAGUGACGAUCACGCUCGGAAUCCACCCCAUAUCACGGCGUUACGAUUUCUCAUUGUUGAGCGGAUUCAGCGUGUUCGGAGUGAUGUUUUUCACUGCUGGCGUUUGUUGCAACAUAGUAUACCCUGCCGGCCUCGUUGCCAGAAACAAAAACACGAAGGAGGAUCUGGGAAGAGUGAUUUGAUCACAACUUCUCUCACGACACCAGAAGACCCAACAACAGAAUAGUUCUACAACAAAUGACAGAAAUGAACCAGC